AUGGCCGUCCCGGCCGCCGUUGAGAUGGAUGCGUCCAGCAUCAGCGCCAUUGCCCGGCUGCAGCGAUUGGGGGCCAUCGGAGCCGAUCUGGGCGUCCACUCGCCGCCUCCCAUCGCUCCACUCAGAAAACCAUUGCAGCCAUACAGCGUUCGCACGCCCUUUGACGACGACGACGCAGAGAAGUUGCUCAGACAGAGGCGUGUGGCCGCCGAAGGCCAGCGGCCACCCACGCUCAUGCGAGCAUUCACAACAUCCAAACGAAAAGAAUGGACGCCUGCCGAGAUCUUUGCCGCCCUCGAAGAGCAUGUCGGCCAAGGUGGCUCGGCUGCCCUUGCUGAGUCCUUGGUUGUAAAGCUCACGGCCGUCGGCGGCAACGUCAACGUUGUCGACACCAAGGUCAAGGUCAACAAGCUCACCCGUCGCCGCAGUAUUGAGUCCUUGGAGCGCAGCCGCUUGCUGCAGCGUGCCAUUGAGCUCAACAACCCGGAUCUGGUUGCCGUUCUGGUCCCCUAUGCCGACCCGAUGACCCUGGACUCCGCUCUCCCCGCGGCCAUCCGGUCGGGCCACCCCGAGAUGGUCAAACACCUGCUCCGCUAUGGUGCCGGUGUGGCCAAUACGACCGCCGGCCUGGAUGCCUUCCGCCAGCUCUGCUCCGCGGAUGCCAAUGCUGACCUGGUCGGCCUCCUGCUCGCAUCAGACGGCCGGCCAGAUGCCUCCGACCUAUCACUGGCCAUGGUCGAUGCUGCCACGCAUGGGUGCAUCGAGAAUGCCAUGCGUCUGAGCCGCUCGGCCGCCGAUGGCAACUACGACAAGGCCGCCGCCCUCUGUGCAGCCGUCAAGUCGUGCCGGCCCGACAUUGCGCUGGCCAUUGUCACUGGCAUGCACCCACCGCAUACCUCGUCGGUCAAUGGUGCUUUUAAGCUUCUUUUUGAGCACCCCACAGUCCUGCCAAACGACAAGAUGGCGUUGGCAGAGAUUCUGCUUUGCGCCGGCGCACACGGAGACAUCGUCGCGCACCAUCUAGCACAGUCGUGCAUAACCAACUUCUCCGCCAUGGCGUCUCUCCUGGCAGACUACGGCGCGUCCGUCGAGUACAACAACGCCGCUGUCCUACGUCGCUCCCUGGCACAAAAACAACUGGAUUUGGCCAAGAUUCUCUUCUCCGAAGCUGUCGCCGUGAGCCCCCAGCUGGCCUCAAAGUGCAUCACGUAUCUCCCCAAGAACGUCAGCAACGAAGAGCGUUUCGAGCUGCUUCUCCUCCUCCUCCGCAAAGGGGCGGGCGGUGCCCGUCUCAAUGACUACCUCAUCGAAGUAACCGCAGCAGGCGAUGUAAACUCGGUCAGACUCUUGCUUACACCAUUUUACCCGGAACAUAUCGACGUUGGCCCGCCAGAUGACACAAGAAUGGCGCACAGACAGCCCGCCAUCCACCAGCAACACCACACGGCCUCGGUCGACCACAAAGAAGGUGCGGCCUUGCGGAUGGCCGUUCAGGCAGUCAACUUUGACAUGGUCGCCGCCAUGCUGUACUCACGCCCUCAGCGGCCCUCGCCGAAUACCUUGGCCAAGGCCUUUCCCGACAUCUUUCACCUCCCUGCCGACCAACGAUAUGAAAUGACCGACAUGUUUUUGAGAACCGGCUUCUCGGGACCGGUCAUCACGGACACCCUCCAAAAGGCGAUCCAAGAGCCACCACAGGCCCGCGACCAGCGCCUCAUCUCGGCGCUGCUCAGAGCCAAUGCUGACAUUAACUCCUCGCUCAUCUCUGCUGUGGCAAAUGGCGAUGUCGACUUGAUGCAGGACCUGCUGCACAAGGGCACUCCGACCAAACAAGCUCUGGCUGCUGCUUUGUCCCAGACAGAGACCCUCGUCGACGUUCACACGCGGCGGCAGGUCGUCCAGCUGCUCCUCGGUGCUGGCGUCGGCGAUGAGCGUGCUGCUGUAUCUGAACUCCUGAUUCAUACCAUAAGCCAGCCGGCACUAGACAUGGAGCUUGUCGAGAUGCUCUUGGUACAAGGCGAAGCCGACAUCAACUACAACGGGGGUCAGGCUGUUGCUUUGGCUGCCUCCUCGCCCAAAAAUGACAUUCUGCAACGGCUCCUGGCCACAAAGACAGCCAACAGAGAUACGCUCUCGCACGGACUCAACUGCCUCUCCAGCCAUCCAUCAACAGCCGCCAAAGCGAUUAAACUGGAAACUCUUCUCCGUUUCGCGGACAGCGAUAUGAAACAGCAGCUCGACGCCCUGCUCGUCUCUGAAGUGGUGAUUUCUGUCAAGGCCCCGCCUCAAGAGCGCAUAAUUUCUGUUGUUCAGGUGCUCUUGGCUGCCGGUGCCGACGUCAACGCACACAACGCCGACGCACUUGGCCAUGCUGUGGCUGCGCCCGUUGUGCAGAUUGUCGAAAUGCUACUCAGCCGCCAACCAAGCCAGGCCUCGCUCAUCAAGACCAUCCCCCGCAUCUUUAACAUCACAGACGCCAUGGACCGGUUAGCCGUAGCGAAAAUGCUGCUGCAAGCUGGUGUUCCUGCAUCCGAGAUCAAUGUGACGCUGAAUCACGCGGUCGUCCACUUUCCGGAAGAUCAUCCCCUCAUCAGGACCUUGGCGUCCGCCGCGGACGGCAACCAAGGCGCUGCCCUCCUCUCUGCAGUCCGAUCCAAGACACCCGACCUGGUGGCUGUACUUUUGUCGGCAAAAGCGUUUGACGUUGAGGUUCUCAAUUCGGCUUUGUACGAAGUGAUGACAACACCAAAGACGCCGACGCGGUUGGCGAUGAGCAAACAGAUUCUGGAGGCCGGCGCAACUGGAUCUGGCGUGUCGGACGCCCUAGUGGUGGCCGCCUCAGACGCUGACCUCGACCUCUGCGACUUGCUCGUAUCGAACGACGCCAGGGCGGACCACAAUGACAGCCAAGCGUUUAUUGCGGCAUGCAGGUCUGGGGCGUCGGAUGUCCUACAAACACUCCUGAAAAGCCGGUCGGAAAUUACGCCAGAGACCCUCUCCCGCGGGUUUCAAGAGGCCGGCGCAGUCGACGACCUCAAUGCGCGCGAGGCCACAUUCUCCCUUCUUUUGAGUCAUGGCGUCUCAGGAAUGGUCGUUGAUAAAGAACUCGCCACGUCAGCUGGUUACGGAGACGACGGCGUUGGUCUUGUCCGGCUCCUGCUCCAGAAUGGUGCCGACACCAACUACAAUGACGGAGAAGCCAUCCGGACAAGUACGCGACAUGGCUUCAUGGCGACGCUCAAGCUGCUGCUGGACAUUGUGGACGACACAGGCGCGAUAACGAAGAAGAAUCAUCCAGCUGUAGGAGGCCCAUCCCAGGACACCCUGGCCCGCUCUCUCAAAAUCAGCUGGAUGCUGAAGAGUGAGCUGCGCUAUCAAAUCAUCCAGUGGCUCUUUGCGGCCGGCCUGCAGCCGACCGAGGCCGUUCACAUUGCGCUCAACAAAGCCGUCAAAGAAGAGAAACCAAACGUAGGACUCAUCCGGCUUCUCCUCGAGCACGGUGCCUCGCCAGUCGCCGAUGGCUGCCAGGCCCUGGUCAAUGCUGCCUGCCGGUCCAGAAUGGAAAUUCUCGAGCUAUGCACAACAUUGUCGACGGUAUCAGCAUCCCACCUCGGUUCUGCAUUGGCCGGCGCUUUGGAUCCGUCAAGGGCAAACGUGUGGAUGACUCAAGAGGGACUUGACACGGCCCGACUGCUCUUUGAGAAAGGUGCUAAGAGCAGCGACCUCGGCCACGUGCUUGCGCUCUGUGUGAGCGAGUGCGCCGGCGAAUCUGAUAACAGCGCCAUUGCAAGGCAGUUUGUUCAGCUUCUUGUCGAGAACGGCGCCAAUGUGAACAUCAACAAAGGCGAGCCUCUCCAAGCGGCAGCCAAAUUGGGCGAUGCCGCCCUUGUCCAGCAGCUUCUUAAGCUCAACCCAAGCGCCGAGUCGAAGGCGAUGGCCUUUUCGUACAUUUUCGAAUCCGGUGUUUCAGAGGACGACAUAGUGCGCCUCAUUGAGCUCUUCCGCGAGGAAAGAAUUCAGGGUGCUGAGAAUGGCCUAGAUGUCUUGUUCGAGCACCCUGACCGUGCGCCCGUCUUGUCGCUGGCCCUGUCCCAGUACCCCCGGUCCGUUCGCAUCCUCGAGGCUCUUUUGGAUGCAGGCUACUACCACGACCAAUUGGUGGCGGCUCACACCACGCCAGAUGUGGACAGCGACGAGCCUGUUACUCUACUCUUCUGGGCGCUCCUCCAACCACAAAAGAAAAUCAGCAGCGCAGUAAUCGAGCUUCUUAUUGAACGUGGCAGCAACAUCAACUUCGUUUCAAGCCUGUCGAUGACCUCGCCCAUCAUGCUCGCCAUUCAGAGUCAACGAGCUGAUCUCGUGAAGUCGCUCAUCCGCGCGGGUGCCGACGUCGAUGUGGCCGACUACAACAAUCACACGCCACUUAUUAUGGCCGUCCAGGCCGGCGGCACGAGGGCCGUGGAGAUGAUGACCGAUAUCUUGGAAUUGGAGCCCGCCAGGAACGACGGCUCAUUGCAUCUUGCUGCCAAGACGCUAAACCUUGCAGCGCUCAAGAUUCUCGUGAAGAACAAGCACGAUGUCGACUUUCCCUGUCCGGAGUACGAUGGUCGCAGCGCCCUAGCUGAAAUCUGCCAGCACGGUUCCGACGGGGCCGCGUUGGCGGGCUCGCGGCUCAAAGCACUCGAACAAUGCAUGACAUUCCUCCUGGACCACGGUAGCGACAUUCAGCUGCGCUCCGAAGGCAAGACGCCGCUUCUCUUGGCCCUGGAGGCAAACGACCCCGUGGCGACGACCAGGGCUCUCCUAAAGGCCGGGCUGUACAAGUAUGUCAACAGCCCAUUCAACCGGUUUCAGCAGGGCAACCUCGUAUAUUCGCCCACCAUGUACGCCCAGCUGGUGUUGCAGCUGCCGGCGGCUGUACGAGACCAACUCGUGCGCGUCUUGAAGAGCAACCGUGCCGAAGACCUGUACUAUGCGCGGUCGGGCCCACAGCCUCCCGGUGCCGUGAGCGUGCCUGACGAGCUGAUGGAGAUUGAACGCGACCGCCAGGCCCGGCUCGAGCGCGCCCAGGCCGAGGAACGCGACCGGGCGCUGGCGCGGCGGCACGCCGAGGAGCUGGCGGAGCUGACGGAACGGACACAGCGCGAGGAGAUGCGGGCCAUGAAGGAGCGCGCCGAGAUGGAGCAGCAGACGGUGCGACAAAAGGCCAUUGCAGCCGCCGAAGCGCAGGUGGAGGCCGAACGCAUACGCGCCGCGGGGGACGUCCUCGUCGUCCAGCAGCGUGCGGCCGCCGAGAUCGAGGCGACGAAUCAGCGCGCGCACGCGGAACUCAUGGCUUCGCGGCGCAGAGCCGCAGCCGACAUGGAAGCGAUGCAGGCCAGGGCGCGGCAGCGUGAAUCCGAGCACGCGGCCGAGCUCAACUUCAAGCGGCAGCAAGGCGAGCGGAUGCUCGAGCUGGAGGACCGCAAGCAGCGGAUGCUGCUGACCUACGAGCAGCAGCGGUCGGAGGACCAGGUGAACGCCGCGCAGCAGGUCAGCUCCAUUCAAGUGGCCCAGCGGCGGCACAUUGACGAAUACGACCACGCGCAGAACAGGCGUGAGAUGCAGCGGCUGACGGAGGGCCGUAAAUUGGCCAGUGCGAUCAAGCAGCUACCGGCCGGACCGCAGGGCCGCAACAGCAACGUCGCAGGAUACAUCAUGGGGGAGGUCACGUAG